AUGGCAGACUCCAUCUUCGAUCAUGUCUCAAAUGGCAAUACACCCCAAUAUCCUGCCGGCAAGGCUCGAAUUGAAAACAUCGGAAACAUAUACUUCUCCUUCAUCGUGAUGGCUGUGUCCCUGAUCCUGAUAGCCUUCUCAUGUCAAGAGCUUACCCAAGGCGGAUACAUUGCUUUCGGUAAAAAGUACUCUCAGGUCUGCAUCUUGUGGGAAGACCAUCGCAAUGAUCUGUUCAUUAGUGGCUUCGGAAUCCUGACUCCUAUUCACUGGUGGAUUGACCCGAUGGGGUUACUCUGGCUAUGCACGUCCAUUGAAGAAUGCAAGCUUCUUAUCGGCGUCACUGUUCUCAUUUUCCGGUGGAACCAUGCUGGCCGGCGUCUCAUUGUCGAAGUGGAUGUUGUGAUGGAUUCGCAGAACAACUUUGAGACCUUACCGAAUGUCGACCGGGCAUUUGUUCAUAUUGAUUAUGAGUCAACACAUCGGCCAGAGCAUGCCAAAAAGAUUUAUAAUAAUUUGGCUGCGGAGAGAACAGAUCCCGUGUAUCAGGGGCACUGCAUGAGACAGACACUAAAUAGUUCUCAAGAGGCCACAGUGCUUAGGCGCUGA